AUGUGUGUUGACAAUAAAAAGAGAUGUCCUUCAAAAUACAACCACGAGGAGGAGGAGGAGAAGGAGGAGGAGGAGGAUGAGGCGCAUCAUGACAGGCCUUCAAAGAACAAGCGGGCCAGCGAAGAGGAGGAGCGUAUUGGGGAUGAAGAGGACAUAGUACCACCCUCUAAGAAAAAGACAGCUGCUGAAUUUAGAAAACACCUGGAUGAACAGAUGUGGGAGAGAAGGAAACUUGACCAAAUGCAAAGAAAUUUGCAGGAGUUGAGAAAUGAAGUCCAUUCUCUUAAAAAUGAAAAUGCACGUCUGAAAGACAUUAUCAUCAAUCAAAUCCCUCAAAUGAAAAGUGACAUCGCCAUUAUUGCUCAAAAGAAGACUGGAAGGACUCCUGUGGAGGAUCUAGAUUCCUCCUUCUCGACUUUUGGAGAAAUGCAACCGACUCCAGAGAGGAGACAGAGCCCAGAGGACACCGAGCCCUUUAAAGAGAGUCCCAUGGUGACUGAGCGCUUUCGAGAGACACCACAGACUGCAGCAACAGCUGAGACCUCAGCGAAAACACAGAUGGAAGUUAUAAAGGGCUCUGGGGUGUUUUGCCAGGCAGAAGCGUGGAAAGCAGCCCGCCUUGCCCCCUCUGCUACUGCCAUGGUGCGGAAUCUCCUGCUGGGCACCUUUGAUUUGGAGACUUUGCUGAAAAGCAACCUGAAUGGUGGGAAGCCAACCAGAGGGGAUGGGGACCAGCUGGUCGCACUUGACCAAAUUAAAAAGGCAGCCAUUAUUGGUGAGUAAAUGCAUAAUGCAUUGAGAAGGGAAAACCAAACUUUUAAGAC